AUGGAACGUCAACCCUGUCGGUCCGGUCAUCGCAAUGUGGCAGGUCAGACUGAUGAAUAUAUCAGAAUCUUCAGAGCGACAAUGGCCCUCCAUCAAGAGUCAGACUCUACAUUGUAUGUUUUCGAAAAGCAGCACUCAAGCAGUCCUGGCGUUACCCAGCCUGCCGUACGCCUAUUCGUACACAGACGUAUGCACCCUCAACCUCGCUUCCUGACCACCAACCGACAGGUGGGGGAAGGAACAAGGGAUUCAGACGGACUGAAGAGUGACAAAGACGAGCAAUAUACGGAUAUCUCAAAGGAUCAGUUGAGGAACCUGCAGGUCCGAGAGAUAAUGUCCUCGGUACCAUUCGAGAGCCCCAGUACGCGGCAGAGGCAAGGUCAAGACACAGAAGCCGUAGCAGGCAGAGCCGGAUUUAACUCUUGUCUGGCCUCGUACGCUCGUCCAAGUCUGGUCCGGUCUCUGCUUCAUUAUGGGCCAGAGAAGGGACGGGUAUCCAUAAUAAGCAGCACGAAUGCUUGUUCAUCCGCUCAACGCCAGGUUGCUGCUGAUGAGCAGACAGGCUUUCUCAGGGCGUCGAACCAUCUCAUUACCGGGCCGUUGAUUCGACCUCGCCUAAAGUUGUUCCGCCAGGCCCUGGUCAUUACCCUCGGUCUGCUGCAACUUUUCAGGUCAGGAAUCGAGGCCAUUGACGGAAGGGCUCUGUUCCUGGCCCUUGUCGCCAGCAGCUCCUCCAGAAGCUCUCCACCUUUUGUCUCUGGAUGUGCAGAUGCCCGGUCGUACUCAAACGAAUGA